ACACGUCAGUUCUCUGUAGCCAACAUGGCAGGAGGUGUGCGGAGAAAACCUGCGGUUUCCCCGUCUCCCUUGUGGGGGAAAAUCCACACAGUCUGGCAAGACAAGCAUUUGCUUUUGUUCAAAACGGAAUACACAUUUUUAGUCGUUUCAGUUUUGUGGUUUCUUGAAAUUGGAAUCAAUUUCUGGGUGAUACAGAAAGUAGCAUACACUGAAAUUGAUUGGAAAGCCUAUAUGGAUGAAGUGGAGGGAGUCAUCAAUGGAACUUAUGAUUACACUCAGCUGAAAGGAGACACCGGCCCUUUAGUGUACCCAGCUGGAUUUGUGUAUAUUUUUACUGCUCUGUACUACAUUACCAGCCAUGGGACAAACAUCCGCUUGGGCCAGUAUAUAUUUGCAGUUUUUUACCUCAUCACACUGCUGCUCGUCUUCAGAAUAUACAACCGAACUAAGAAGGUUCCACCCUAUGUUUUCUUCUUCGUGUGCUGUGCAUCCUAUCGGAUCCAUUCCAUCUUUGUGCUUCGACUCUUUAACGAUCCAGUGGCCAUGAUGCUGCUAUUUGCAUCCAUCAAUCUAUUCAUUGAUGGACACUGGACGGUGGGAUGUGGCCUUUACAGUUUAGCUGUGUCUGUGAAAAUGAACGUCCUCCUUUUUGCCCCUGGGCUACUUUUCCUUCUCCUGUGGGAAUUUGGUCUGAUAAGGACAAUCCCUAAACUUUCAUUGUGUGCCGGAAUUCAGCUGUUGCUGGGGCUUCCAUUUCUCUUGGAGAACCCCGUUGGUUAUGUGAGCCGGGCCUUUGAUCUCGGACGCCAGUUCUUCUUCAAGUGGACUGUCAACUGGCGCUUCCUUCCUGAAUGGCUUUUCUUGAAUCGCUACUUCCACUUGGCCCUGCUGGCUGCUCACCUGAUCACAUUGCUGCUUUUUGCUUUGUGCCGUUGGAAAAGACCUGGACAGAGCGUUUUUGAACUCCUUAAGGAACCGAGCAAAAGGAAAGUUCCUGCUCAGAAAAGCUCUGUGGAUCAGAUAGUUCUGGUUCUGUUCACGUCUAACUUCAUCGGCAUGUGCUUCAGCCGCUCGCUGCAUUACCAGUUCUAUGUGUGGUACUUCCACACUCUGCCUUACCUGCUGUGGAGCGGAGGAGUCAAGAAGCUAGCACACCUGCUCAGAGUUCUGAUCCUGGGUCUCAUCGAGCUGUCAUGGAACACCUAUCCCUCAACAAACAGCAGCUCGGCGUCCCUCCACGUCUGUCACCUCAUCAUCCUCCUUUGCUUGUGGCUGGCUCCACCUCUUCCCUCUGCUCCAUCAGAAGGCCAGCAGCACACGGCUGAUAAGGACAAACGCCACUGAGCCACACGGCUGGACCAGAAGUUGGUCUUAGCAGCCGUCUCUCUUUGCUUCAGCUAACAUCCUCACAAAGGGAGAGCCUCCGUGGUGGACUGUUCUGUUCUGAAGGACGUACUCGCUCUCAUCCGCUUAUCACUGAACGUCACAGAGGGGGAAGGUUUUGGAGUAAAAGGACACCCGUACGAUGCAGUGGUUUAUUGCCGCAAAUUCCAGUCGUAGAGGACGAAUUCUCAGGUUUCAUUUUUAGUCACAUAACUGUUGCAAGUGCGUUGUGACAAAUCUUUGAAUGUUUUGCUGUGUAAAAGUUGUAUUUUUUAUGACAUGCUCUAAAUUGCUAGUUUACAUUAGCAAACUGUCACUAACUGUAGAUGUUGUUUUUUUUUUGCUGUGUAUAGAAGAAGCAAUAUAGUAAAAGAACCUCAGAGAAAAAUAAGGAUACUCUGAAUUAAUGAUACAUUUAGAAAAUCAUUGACAUUUAUACUGUUACAGACU